GGCGGAUUUAAGACGCGGCUUAAAUUCAUUAAAUUCGGUCACCGAUCACACAAGUCCUAUUGAAAUGUUUCAUUUUGAUGAAUCUGAGGUUAUUUUUCAUUCAUUGGAUCAACCCUGCCCAAGCUCUGGAAUUGUAGAAAAUGAUGCUGAAGGGACCUCAGAAACAUCUGCCAUUCCACUUCAUUUGUUCAAAUGGGAAAAACGUGGACGCUAUGUUCUUAAAGCUCUUCAAGGUCUGUUAGAUGAUAAGAACUGUUUGCUAGGCUCUAAAAUUUCUGUGUUAGACUUUCUAAAGAUGGCUCUCAAUCGAUGCUCACUUCCUCAACAGCUGGAAACACACAAAAAGAAGUUUACAGCUAUACUCAAAAAAAUGAAAGCUAAAGGAAUACGUUUACCAGAAUCCAUUGUUUUAAAUCCUGUUGCUCAGAAAUAUAUUUGUUAAUUUUUUCAGACCUGAAAUGAUUAGUGUUCGUUCUGCCACCCAGUUCUUAGUUCAAUCAGCACCUGGAAAUGUGAUAUCUCUUCCUCAACUUCAAUAUAAAGGACCCAAUCAAGCUCAUACUAUUCAAGUGCUGAACAUUCAUUGGGGUAGCCGAGCUGAAACUGGACAGCUUCAAAUCUCCAUCAAGUUAAGAAAUCCUUUUAUGUUAAAAAUAUCCAAUAACAAUUUAAGUAUGGAAGACAUUGUUGA